AUAGCGCGGUAAAAAGUGACAGUUCAACUGCAGAACAAAUAAUUUCAAAGUUUUCUAUUAUUUUUCCGAUUAUGAAGAAAUCAUUCAAGCUAAAAUCGUCACAGGCAAAUAAAGGAAACCUAAAGAUAUCUUCUUUCUUUACUAAAGAGGUUAAGGAUUCACAAAAUACUCAGUCCCCCCAAACUAUUCAGAUCUCUCACGAAUCAAAAAAUGAAGGAGUUACUGAUACGAAAUGUAUUGUAAAUGUCGAUAGCGAUGAUGAUUUCGUCGAUAGACCUAACAGAACUCUCAAAAAAUGUGUUCUAAACAAAGAGAAUGUUUCAAUAGUUCUUAAACCAAGUCCUCAAGAUGACAAAGUUAAUAAGCCAUCAAAAAAACGUAAAGUUUGUGAGUCAAGCAAAGAGGACCCUGCUCCAAAAAAAAGUAAUAUUCAGGACAUGCCCUUGUCUCCAAAUGCCCAUCCUAGUACUAGCGAGAAUAUUUUUGAUGGACCCAUUACACCAUCAAAACAAAAUAAUCAGGUCAUUUUCGUCAAAAAACCCGAAAGUUUGCUAAGUACCGAAGCUUUGAAAGAAUACCAUACUCCAGAAAAGCAAAGAGAAAGGUUUUUGGAUAAAAUUCAGACACCGAGUCCUAGGAAACUUUUAUUUAAUGAUUUUUCGGAUACAAAACAGUCUUCAGAGGGCCUCCUCUCAAAAAUUGAUGAGUUGACAAUACAAUUGAAGAAAAUUACUACUCCCAAAAAAACACCUAAAAAAACUACCCCCAAAAAAGAACACAAUUCUCAAUCAAAAAAAGAGAAGGUUACCGAUGUUACACCAAAAAAGGCAAAAAAAACACCGAAAAAAUUGUUCGAGAAGUCUCCUGUUAAUGUUGAUUCAUUCAAUAUUCAAGUAAUCAAAGAUUUUGUGAAAAUAACUCCUAGCAAAAGUUCUGUGAAGUCAUCAACGAAUGAAACAGAUGAUGUAAUUAUUGUUAAAAGUUCUGAAAAGACCCAGAGUUCCAUUUUGAAAUAUGUAUCUCCAGUAGCCUCAACUAGUUCCUUGAAAGCUAAGCAGAAUAAUGAAUCCACUCCACAAAAAGAAGUACAAAAUGAAUUCAAAACACCUACAGAACGAGUGAAAACGAGGCUCAAUUUUGAAAAUUGUGAAAAAAUCAAACAAUCUGAUAUUUCCAAGUCUCCAUCAUGUAAAUCCAUUGAAAGCAGUAGAGAACUAGAAAAAAGUGUUGAUACUGAAGAGAAUGAAGUGAAUUUCAGCUUCAAUUUUGAUGAUGGAUGGGAAGAAGAUUUGCUACAAGAUCCAGCAGAAUUCAAUUUGGAUCUCACUGAGUCACAACAUUGCAAAAUCAUUGGCAUCAACCCCUUUGCUAAGAAGAGUGUGCUGACCCUGAAGUCAACAAAAACAGGGGAGAAGGCCAUUUGUAAUUUAGAAGGAUUCUGGAUACAUACCAUGCUCGCCAUUGGUGACACAGUUCAUGUCAGUGCUAGGAAAGUUGAAGAAGAAUGGGUUGUUGAUAACGAUCACGGCUUACUAGUAUACGAACCCGAUUUAUUGGUUUCCACUACCUCUGUAGUCGGUUCUUUGUGGUGUAAAAGGAGGUGUGUGCUAACUGAACGGUUCAGGGGAUUUGAACCAUCAAACCAACAUAUGCUGCUUGGGUCUUUGAUCCAUACCUUAUUGCAGUUCAUAUUGAGGAAUAAAAUUUAUGAUCGAGAGGGUAUUGAGAAGGUUGUAAAGAACAUAACGAAAGGGAGAAGUACGAUAAAGAGUCUGUAUGAAUGUGGAAUCACACUGGAAUACAUUCAAAUGGAGGUAAUGAAGUUUGUACCUAAAAUCCAACAUUUCGUCGACCUCUACGUCAAAAAUUCUGACACAAUUUCCAAACGUGUUCAUAACAAAGACGAUUGGACAGGCAAGAUAUCAGACAUCGAAGAUAUCGAAGAAAAUAUUUGGUGUCCAGAGCUGGGUGUUAAAGGCAAAGUUGAUGUUAGUGUCAAGAAUGGUAUGUAUUCGCUGCCUCUUGAGCUGAAGACUGGCAGAGCUACAGUUUCUUUGGAACAUAGAGGUCAAGUAAUGCUGUACAUUAUGAUGAUGAAAAAGUUGGGUUACAAUGUGCCUUCCGGACUACUGCUUUAUUUAAGGGAAGGAGUACUGAGAGAAAUUAAAGCAUCUUGGAAAGAGAAACGAGACAUUUUGUUGCUUCGUAAUGAACUAACCUAUUAUUUAACUAGGAAACCAAAGACUGUGGAAUUGGAUGGAGGGCAAAAACUCUUCCCACCUGAAAUUCCUGAACCAAUAAAUCACUCUAGUUGCCGAAGUUGCCCUUAUAAUAUUAUAUGUACCUCAUAUGCUAAAUAUAUGGAAGAGGAUAUAUCAUCCAAUAAAAUCUUGAAGGAUAUUCAAGAAAAUGCAUUGGCCCAUCUGAAGGAAUCCCAUUUAAAUUACUUCAUGAAAUGGAUAACUCUGAUAUCCUAUGAGGCAAACGCGAAAAAUUCUGCUAAGGAUGUGAGAGAAAUUUACACUCAAACACCUCAACAACGGGAAAUGAAUGGAAGAUGCAUAAUAAACUUGAAAGUUACUUCUGUGAUGGAAGAGUGUGAUGGCAUUUGUGAACAUACAUUCGAAAAAAUGGAUACUGAAUCUGAAGAUAAUUUUUUGGCGAACGGAAUUAUGGAAAGUAAUUAUAUUGUCAUCAGUACUGAUGAGAGACCGGCAGUAGCGGCAGGAUUUGUUACUGAUAUUACGGCCUCUAGUAUUUCAGUUACUUUGGAUAGGGAUCUGAACAAGAAAUACUCUGGGAAGCCUUUCCAUAUCGAUAGCUACGAAUCUACCUCAUUACAAUCGUACAACCUCGCCAGCCUUACUCUCUUGCUUGAAAUGACACUUAGGGGAGAAGAGCUGAGGGAUAUUAUAAUUGAUAAGACGCCUCCAACAUUCAAGACUACAUUGCCAAAACUGAUUGGUACUGCUGGAAAACAGAUCCUGAAACGCCUGAACAAGGUUCAACAAAGAGCUGUUCUCAAAGCAAUAGCUGCCAACGAGUAUUUCCUCAUCAAAGGGAUGCCGGGUACAGGAAAAACUGCAACCAUAGUGGCCCUCAUUCAAUUAUUAUACGAGCUGAACAAAACCAUUCUCAUAACUAGCCAUACACAUUCAGCAGUCGAUAAUGUCUGCUUGAAACUAUUGACUUACGGAGUGAAACUCAUGAGGCUGGGUGCAGAGUCCAAGAUACAUCCCAAACUGAAACAAUACUCGGAGCAUAAUCUUACGAAACAUUGCACUUCCCCAGAACAAUUUGAAGAGGUUUAUAAUAGCGCGAAAAUUUUGGCUGUGACUUGUUUUGGUUCGGGACAUCCAGUCUUGACAAAACGCACUAUGGAUAUUUGCAUAGUUGAUGAAAGUACCCAAGUACUACAAAGUUCUGUGAUAAGACCGCUGUACGCAGCAAAAACGUUCAUCCUGAUUGGGGAUCCUGAUCAGUUACCAGCCGUUGUGAAAGAUACUAAUGCAAGGAAACUGGGAAUGUCAGAGAGCUUGUUCGAGAGAUUGUACAAAGAAGAAGCAAUGGUAGCUUUGAAUCUGAAUUAUCGUAUGAACAGUGUUAUUACAGACUUGGCCAAUAAAUUCACAUAUGAAGGGAAUCUUUUGGUCGGCAACGAAGAGGUGGCCAAGGCUACACUGAAGCUUCCGAACGAAGAGGUUCUUGGAUCAGUAAUAGAAGGUCAUGAUUGGAUUCUUAAAGCCCUUGAUAGUUCUUUGCAAAAUGCUAUUCAGUUCAUAGACACUGGACCGGUUUGGAAUUUACAACAAAGUGUAUCAUGGAUGACCCAGAAAAUGUAUGUCGGAACAGAAGAAAAUAGCCAAUCUGAGAGUGAUUCAUCCGUUAAUAUUUACGAGGCAGCUGUUACUGUGAAUCUAAUCAAAGCAUUAUUGAAGGCCGGAGUUGCUGCUUGUCAGAUUGGUGUGAUUGCUACAUACCGAAAUCAAGUAGCUCAGAUUUCAGCUCUGGUACAAUCAGAGCAUAUUGAUGUUAGCACCGUUGAUCGAUUUCAAGGAAAAGAUAAAAGUGUGAUUAUAUAUUCUUGCACCAAAUCGAGAGAUGUUUCUACUCCUAGGACUGUAAACAAGUUUGAAAUAUUGGAGGACAAAAGAAGACUUACGGUAGCUAUAACAAGGGCCAAACAUAAACUCAUAGUUGUAGGUGAUAUUCAAACUUUGGUGGAAUACAGUACGUUUCAGAAACUAGUGCCAUUAUUUGGGAAAAAUGUCAUUAGGUUAGCUGAAGUUGAAGGUUUCAAAUGGACAUCUAUUUUAAACCUUCAUCUGUAAAGUACGGUUUUUAUUUUGUAAGUCAAACUUUGUGUUCAUAAUCAUGUAUUUUAAUUUAUCUGAUCCAGUAUCUUGAGUUUGUUAUUCAUUUCAAAAUGCAACUUCAGCGUAGGCUACUGCCUAGUCCAAAGUGAUGCCCAGUAUAUUGUAGAUUGAAAGAAAACACAUUUUUCUGUGACAAUUUAUUUUACAAAUAAAGGUUAACUGAAGCAUUUA